AAGGAGAAAUCGGCUGUUCACAUCAUGCCUGAAACCACUGUAAAAGCGCCCAAGAAGGGCUCAAAGAAAGCCGUGUCUAAGAGCGUUAGUAAGACCGGCAAGAAGAAGAGAAAAACCAGAAGGGAGAGCUACGCCAUCUACGUGUACAAGGUGCUGAAGCAGGUCCACCCCGACACCGGCAUUUCGUCCAAAGCUAUGGGCAUCAUGAACUCGUUUGUGAGCGACAUCUUUGAGCGCAUCGCCGGUGAGGCCUCCCGUCUGGCUCACUACAACAAGCGCUCCACCAUCACUUCCAGGGAGAUCCAGACCGCCGUCCGCCUGCUGCUGCCCGGUGAGCUGGCCAAGCACGCAGUGUCUGAGGGCACCAAGGCCGUCACCAAGUACACCAGCUCCAAAUAAACCUGUUGACAAAAAACCAUCAAUACAAAGGCUCUUCUAAGAGCCACCCACUUUCUCUGAAGAUAAUUCCUGAUGUCGCUUCGGUCUGAAUUGUUCCGUCACUGUUUAAUUAAGCGUUCCGAAUGACGUGAUUUCACAAAAAGCAGAAUAAAGGAAAUUUUAAUGUG